AUGCCCCGAAAGCUCUCAAAUCCCUUUUCUACUUCCAGUAUGCCGCAAUCCGAGAGAACUGGUGAACGACGGCCGUCUCAGUCCAAGGCCGGCCGUCUCACCCAUUUCUUCUCGUCCCAGAAGCCCAGAGAGCCGCUGUCAGCACAACAGAGUCUUCAAGCCAUGCAGCACCAGCAGAGCGUCUCGCCCCAGUCGCCUGCCAUCUCACUGCCAUCGAUCUCUCUCUCGACUGCCGCAGGCGGGGAGCUCAGCAGCGACGAUGCCACGACGACCCUCUUCGAGCCACCUUCGGCCGACGAGGCGAGGACAAAGGAGCGUUUCGAGUCCCAGUUCGGGCCUUUGCUCAGCCCCAGCCAUCUAUACGUCAGCGCCCAUCAUGGCAAGCCGCUCGAGGCUCCCAUUGAGGAUGAGCCACCCUAUUACUUCGUCCUCACGACCUACCUCAGCUACCUGAUCCUGAUUUUCUUUGGCCACGCGCGAGACUUUUUUGGCAAACGCUUCGGCGAUAAGAAACACUACCAGUCCCUCAAGGCGCAAAAUGGCUACGCCCCGCUCAACGACGACUUUGACAACUUCUAUGUCCGGAGGUUGAAGAUGCGCAUCGAUGACUGCUUCGGCAGGCCUACCAUCGGUGUUCCUGGCCGCUUCAUCACGCUGAUGGACCGCAAAUCGGACGAUUUCAACCGUACCUACCAGUUCACCGGGACCACAACGCAGACGCUGAACAUGAGCUCGUACAACUACCUGGGCUUUGCACAGUCCGAGGGCCCUUGCGCCGAAGCGGUCGAGGAGUGUGUUCGCAAGUAUGCUCUUAGCAGCUGCAGCCCGAGAGCCGACUCCGGUACCUCAGAUCUUUCUCUUGAAGUUGAGCGCGAAGUUGCUCGGUUUGUCGGGAAGCCGGCGUCUAUGGUGUUCUCUAUGGGUUUCGUGACCAAUGCUGGUUCGUUCCCGGCCUUGGUAUCCAAGGGCUGUCUUAUUCUGUCGGAUGAACUCAACCACGCUUCGAUUCGCAUCGGAGCCCGUCUCUCGGGCGCUGUUAUCAGGUCGUUCAAGCACAACAACAUGGCUGACUUGGAGAGGAAACUGCGCGAGGCUAUUGCUCAAGGCCAGCCGCGCACCCACCGCCCCUGGAAGAAGAUUCUCGUGGCUGUCGAAGGGCUCUACUCCAUGGAGGGCACCAUGGUCGAUCUGCCGGGUGUUCUAUCGCUCAAGAAGAAGUACAAGUUUUUCCUCUACGUCGACGAGGCCCACAGUAUCGGAGCGCUUGGGCCUAACGGCCGCGGUGUCUGCGAUUACUUUGGUGUUGACCCUGCCGAGGUGGACAUUCUCAUGGGCACCUUCACCAAGUCGUUCGGUGCCAAUGGAGGCUACAUCGCUGCAGAGAAGCACAUCAUCGCCAAGCUCCAGAGCACCAACGCAGCUACCCUCCUCGGCGAAUCUCCUACACCGUCUGUUCUGAUGCAGAUCCUCGCCUCGCUGAGAAUCAUUACUGGGGAGCUUGCUCCCGGUCAGGGCGAGGAGCGCCUGCAGCGCAUCGCCUUUAACUCGCGGUACCUUCGCCUCGGACUUAAGCGUCUUGGUUAUAUUGUCUCGGGCCACGACGACUCACCCAUCGUCCCCGUUAUGGUUUACCAUCCCGCCAAGAUCUCUGCCUUUAGCCACGAGAUGCUCAAGCGCAAGAUUUCGGUUGUGGUUGUCGGUUACCCUGCUACGCCCCUUAUUAGCUCGCGUGCCCGGUUCUGCAUCUCAUCUGCCCACAACAAGGACGACCUGGACCGCCUUCUAGCUGCCUGCGACGAGGUGGGCGAUAUUCUUCAAGUCAAGUACUCUACUGGCGUGGCCGGCGGUUUGGAGCCCCUGCCCGAGGGUGUCACGGCCGAGACGGAGAAGGAGUGGAGGAAGGCGAACGGCCUGGAGGGUGUCGUUAACCCGCCUAGGUGGAAGCUGGAGGACGUAAUUGCACAUGGUGUAAAAGACAGCAAGGCGACGUUGAGAUAA